CCGUCGCCUCUCGAAUUUCUAUUUUACUUGGAAUCGUUCUUUCAUUCCUCAUUUAUUCGUUGCAAUGGAGACCAAGUCUCGAACUCUGGAGAUCACGAUAUUAUCAGCAGAAGACCUUAGGAUCGGCAACAAACCGGUCAAGAAGAACGCAUUCGUUGUCGUUUCGGUCGAUUCUUUCAACAACAAGGCGACGAAGAUCAAUAGAGACGGCGGGAGCUACCCUUCGUGGAACGACAAGCUGGUGAUGGACAUGCCGAUGCAAACAGUCUUCAUUACCUUACAAGUCAAAUGUUGCAAGGGCUCUUCGGGAGGGGAAAAAACCGUGGGGUUUGCUAGAAUUCCGGUGACGGAUUUCGUCGGAGGGUAUUCGCCGGUGAAUUGCUUGCAGUAUUUGAGUUAUCGGUUGAGGGAUCCCAAGGGGCUGAAGAAUGGUAUUAUUAACGUUUGUUUGAGAUUAAAAGGGGCUUUACGCGAUUGUUCUUCCCAGGCUGCUUCGGCCGGUGGUAUUGGGCUGGGAAUUCCCAUUGAUAGUCGAAGAGAUCUUGGAGUGGUUACUGGGAUUCCAAUUUGGAGUGGCUAUCCAGCUAAUUCUUUGGUUAGGUAGAUUUGGUUUUGGAGUCAUCAAAUUGAAC